CAAACCUAACAAAAUGGACGGUGAAUUAUUCCGCAAACUCGCAUCUAAAAUGGGAAUAACCUCUCCUAGAGUCCUGAGUCAGGCAGAGGAGUACAUGCGGCUGUCUCAGGUGAAGUGCACAGCUCUGGGAGGUUCUACAGCAAGCAGUAAAGCUGUUAUCUGCCUGGAGCUGGCAGCCACGGCCAUGAAGUGUCCUAUAGACAAGGAGUACGUCGUCAAGCUGUCAGGAUUGAACAAGAAGGCGUAUCAGAGCAGUCUGAAGGCCAUGGAGUGUAUGCUGGGUCUGCAGAGCGGUCUGGGGCUCCGGGAUCUGGCUGUGCAGUACGGGUGCAUGGAGGCGAUUAAACCGGCGUCUCAGAUCCUUCAACGGUACCAGGCCAGUUUACCUGCAGCUCAGCAGCAAGACCUGGAUCUGUCCAAACCCCUGUUCACUACGGCUGCUCUGUUCACUGCCUGCAAGUGCCUGAAAAUCCGAGUUGAUAAGAAGCUGGCGUCAUCCUCCGGAACGAAGAAGACCGUGUUCGACAGGCUGUGUGUUCAGCUUCUGAAGUUCGGCCAAGAGAUUUGCAGUGAUGCAUCUUCUGUGAAGCGACAGAUCAAAUCAACACAGAAAAGACAGAAGAUUCUCACAGAGACGCUGCAGGAAGCGGAGCAGGAUGGCUUGCCAACAUCUCCUAAGCAACAGCGUGAACCGGCACUGAGGGAAGACGAGUGUGAGGAAGAGACGAAACAAAAUUAUGAGGAGUGGAAGAGAAAAAUCCUGGAAAAUGCUCUCAAAGCCAAAAGCAGUGAAUAGUGAAAGCUGCAGCUGCUAGAUUAUUAUUUAUGUUUUUUAGUUUUCUUUUCUAGACCUUUUUUCUUCUAUUUGAAUUUCCCUGUGUGUGUGUGUGUGUGUGUGUGUGUGUGUGUGUGUGUGUGUGUGUGUGUGUGUGUGUGUGUGUGUGUAAGUGAGAGAUUGUUGGCAGAUGAACCUGACCUGUGUGUACAGAUAUUCAGUCUCCGGUAUUGUUUUACUUGAUUGCGUUGACGCGGAUGAUGGUUUACGUGUUCUUAUGAGCGAGAAGAGAAGAGCAGCUGUGCGCUGGUUGAUGUUCCGCCGCGUCUGAGUGGUUUGAUGAUGUUCUUUGUUCACGUGUAGAUUCGGGUGCUUUUUUAUUUUUAUUUUUAAUCAACUCCCUCAUUACCACUGACUCGUUCGCAUCAAGUGUCUCGUGUGGUAAUGUGAAGAGGUUCAUGUGAGUGUUUGUAGUCAUUGUGUGUGUGUGUGUGUGUGCGCACUCGUCUCUCAUCAUCUCUAAAGAAAAUCAAGCAGCAUGAUGUUCGGUGUACUGUAAUGCUGCUGCUGUUUUUAAUAAAACUGAAUGAUCAAAGUG